CCGGGAGUCAGUGAGGCUCGGCGCGCCCCAAGCCUCAGCCCAUGAAUGGGACUCCGCCCUGAGCGCCCCCUCUGGGGCCUGGGGAGGCGGCGGCGCGGCGGCUGGGGGAGCCCCGCUAGCCCGCGGCUCUGAGCGGCCACCCGCGCAGCAAGUUGGGCGAGUUGGCGGCAGCCCGCACCUGCUCCCUGGCCCCGGCCCCAGAGUCUGCGUCCGGCCCCGGGGGCGCGCUCGACCGCCUCCCGCCGUCGCCCCGGACGGCCUAGGGGCCCCGCCUGUGCUCCCGGCGCCAGACCAUGGUGGGCAGCUCCGGCCGGGAGCCGCAGCCGCUUCGAGCCGACGUCGCCCGCAGCCAGCCCCCGCCCCGCCCGAGCCGACGCGCGGGGGUUCGCAGCGCGCCGGUCACUUCCUUCCUCGGCCGGGAUGGGCUGCGCGGGAGCGAGUGAUCGGCCUCGCGUCCGGCGGGUAAUCCCCAUCUGAUCUGCUGCCUACGAGCUGCGGACGGCCGGGCCGCGCGAGCCUGGGGGGCCCGGGCACCGCGGCGAUGACCUGAUCCCGAGCCCGCCAGGGCGCCCCCUCCUUCCCUCUUCCCUCGCUCCCUCUGAGCCUGUGCAUAGACCGGCUCGGUGCGGCGGCCCCGGGCGGACCAUGGCGGGGAGCUCCAGUUAAGGCGUGUGGGCGCCGAGCUGGAGAGGACACCUUCGGCAUCGCUGCCUUUUGAGGGGGCUUAUUUAAACUACUGAGUCAUUCCAGAUUUAGGAUUCCCUAAAUAAUCACCAACUGUGCCCGUCUUGUGCCAGAAAGCGAGCAGAAAGAGAAAGAGCGCCCGCUCUUGGGACCCCGCGCAUCCCGGCGCUCGCCUCUAGUGGGUUUCUCCCCGAGGGGUGCCUGGCCCUCGAGGAUCUCCCUCCCUCCGUCCCUCCCUCUAUCCCCGUCCCUCCUUCCCUCCCCCUCCCUCGCCUCCCGCUCUCUUCGCAGCGCUGCUGGCGGGGAGUCGCGCGCGCCGCAGCUGGAAACAGCUGCCCCCGCCCCGCGCCCCUACCCCGACUCCGGCUCACGGCUCCCACUUCGCGCCUCUCGGAAUUCCGGAACUCCGGCGGCCGGCCCCUGGAGAACCGCAGCCGGGCGCGAUGCAUUCCGUAGACCUCAGCCAGCCGGGACGGACCUCCUAAUCUCCAGAACUGCGGGCCGCAGGGAGUUAAAUUGCUGCCUUCCUCUCCUUCUCUCUGGCGGUUGGUGGCUUGUUUUCUAAAGGAACGUUUUAUUCACUUUUUAGUAUUUUCUACCGGAGGCACGCUACCCGCUUCGGUCCAGACUCUGCUUUGUAAACGGGUUUUAUAUGUAUGUAUGUGUAGAUAUACUUUGGACACCUUACAACGCUUGCGCCUCUCCAACGGGGGCACGGCUUGUUGUUUUGGACAUCCUUCUUCCCCUUCCAUUUGGUACUCUGAACGCAGUGUGACCAAACUCCCCACGGCCCCUCGGACGCGGAUCGCCUUGGGGUGCAAGUUUGGGGUGCAAGAGUCUAGUUAACUGGAAGGCCUGGGACCGCCCCGCCCCCGCUGCCAGCGGUUGGGGAAGUUUACAUCUGGAUUCUCACACAUUUUGUCGCCACUGCCCAGACUCUGACUAACCUUGUGGGCGUCGGGUUUUCGGUACUGCAGCCUCCUCAAAUAUUAGCACUGCCUCCCCGCGCCUGCCCUGUCCCUCCAGGCCGCCGAGGUCCUGCCCUCGCCCCGGUGGAGCGCGAUCCCGAGGGCGCAGUGGAGCCCGGGGCCUGGGGCCCACGCUGAGCAGCUAUGGCUGCGGCGAUAGCCAGCUCCUUGAUCCGGCAGAAGCGACAGGCGAGGGAGUCCAACAGCGACCGGGUGUCGGCCUCCAAGCGCCGCUCCAGCCCCAGCAAAGACGGGCGCUCCCUGUGCGAAAGGCACGUCCUCGGGGUAUUCAGCAAAGUGCGCUUCUGCAGCGGCCGCAAGAGGCCCGUGAGGCGGAGACCAGAACCCCAGCUGAAAGGAAUUGUGACAAGGUUAUUCAGCCAGCAGGGAUAUUUCCUGCAGAUGCACCCAGAUGGUACCAUUGACGGGACCAAGGACGAAAACAGCGACUACACCCUCUUCAAUCUAAUUCCCGUGGGCCUGCGUGUGGUGGCCAUCCAAGGGGUGAAGGCCAGCCUCUAUGUGGCCAUGAAUGGUGAAGGCUAUCUCUAUAGCUCAGAUGUUUUCACUCCAGAAUGCAAAUUUAAAGAAUCUGUAUUUGAAAACUACUAUGUGAUUUAUUCUUCUACACUGUAUCGUCAGCAGGAAUCAGGCCGAGCAUGGUUUCUAGGACUCAAUAAAGAAGGUCAAAUUAUGAAGGGAAACAGAGUGAAGAAAACCAAGCCUUCAUCACAUUUUGUACCAAAACCUAUUGAAGUGUGUAUGUACAGAGAGCCAUCGCUACAUGAAAUUGGAGAAAAACAAGGGCGUUCGAGGAAAAGUUCUGGAACACCAACCAUGAAUGGAGGCAAAGUCGUGAAUCAAGAUUCAACAUAGCUGAGAACUCUUCCCUUUGUCCCUCUCUCAUCCCUUCCCUUUAUCCCCUCCCCUUUACCCAUUUCCUUCCAAUAAAUCCACCCAAGGAGAGGAAAAUAAAAUGGCAACCCAGGACCUAGUGACUAAGAUUCUGCACUCAAAAUCUUCCUUUGUGUAGGACAAAGAAAUUGAACCAAAGCUUGCCUGUUGCAGUUUGGUAGAAAAUGCACAUGCACAAAAUAUUAGCACACAUAAAAUCAAGGGAAAAAAUAAAUCAAGACGCCACAACAUUGUGUUGUUAUUAAUAAAAGGCCAAUUAUAAUGAAGACAUAGCUAUAAUAAAUGUGAAAUAAAGUUAUUAUCUUAAAGAAAAGGGUUUUGGAGAUUUUAACUUAGAAAUCAAUGUAAUACCCUAAAUAACUUAAACUUUGGAUAAUGCUGUGAUGUGUGCUGUGUUUUGAAUUUGAAUUUUCUUUGGGCAUCUGAAAUUGACACAUAAUUACAUACUGUUUCCAGGAUUUUUUUUUUUACCAUGAUAUUGAACAUGUACAAAUUAUAGAUUCUUCUAACACCUGUAUGGUAUAAGCCAGGAAUCAUUUAAAAGUUUAAAAUUUUAUUCUUGAAGUUGUUACUUAAGAUUGUUUCAUGCAAAGGAUAGACUUCUGUUGAACUUAAUGGUGUUAGCUGAUAUCAUUCCUUCAUAAAAAAGAAUUUCAGAUUCACCUAGGAGAUUAUCAUAUUUUUAUCAAAGGGAUUAGUCUAGGAUCUCAUUUUUUUUUUUUUUUAGUCAUUUAGAAAAAUAAAAUGUGUUCUAAGGCUGAAAUAACUUUUGGGAAUUCUGUGUCAUUGCCAUGCCUGGGCAGUGAUGAAUAAGUUAUAUGCUCUUAUCAUUUGGUCUGAUUUUUUACAUUGUACACACAUUUGAGAGUAGAGGUGCAUGUCUAGCUGUAUUAGAGAGUUUUGUACCAUCUCUUGCAGCAGGAAAGAAAGAAAAGGAGUUUUGCAUGAGGAAAUAAGUUUUAGGAAAUUGGUCAAAGCAAAUUGUAGUUGCCUUUGAAACUUACUAGAGUUUUAUGUAUGUAAUAUUUUCCAAACUUCACCAAGAAAUUGGGAGGCAUGGCUGUGAAAUUCCUAACCUAAUAUCUUAUGAAGCCAGUGGUUUGCUUGUUGCUGUAUAUCCUUGUUAAUAAGUCUAGUUGACAAUAAAUCUGUCUCCUAGAACACAGAAAGGAACUUGAUACACUGAGUUUUCAAGGGGCAUAGAGAAACAAUAUGGAAUUAACAGUUAUGGUUCCAACACACAGGGUUGUGUGAGCUUAAGGCACUCGAAAAGAAAAAAAAAAAAAGAA